AUGGCGCAGUCCCGCGGAGACCGCCCGUUUUCCCUGCACAACCUCUUGAAGAUGCUUCUCUCGCCCAACUCGUCCUCGCGACCGGCCCAUGAUGAGGCCGACCUGGCUGAGGACGUCGAUGAACCCCCGGACCAACAUGUUCUGCAUACCACCUCGAUGAAACCCCACGAAGAUAUGAUCUACGCGCGCCCAGCGGGCUUGGACCGGAAGGAAUCUUUGCUCACGCGCGCUCUCAAGAGCAGCCCCGAAAUGUCCCCCAUUGACCAUCAUUCCGGCUUCCACGACUCCUACAUGUAUCGCUCCUACCCGCACAGCAACAUCAGUGGCAUCUCGACUGCCGAGCUGACCAGUGACGGUGGCCUGACAAGUCCCUCGCUGUCCAACACCCCGAGUCCGCCGUUGCCACCGCAGUUGAUGGGCAAGCCGACUCCGAUGAUGGUCAAGAAGGAAGUGACUCCCAAGGUCAAGGUCGUGGACGCCAGCGAGACAACUGUCGAGGCCAAUUUGGGCCGCAAGCGAUGUAUCAGUUUCGCGUGUGGCCGCAAGGCCGACGACCAGAAACAGCAAAACCUUCCCACGCCACCCUCCUCAACACAACCCUCCCAGGAAACGAUCGAACCGCCCAAGCGCAAGACCACCCUCACGUUUGUAUGUCCCGGACGCGACUCUGCCACCAAGCGAGCCCGUUCCCCGGCCGCAAGGAUCUCUUUUCGCGGACGAUGCCGCGGCUCCCCGGCUCCCGUUGCUCGUAAAACCUCGCCAGAGUCCAAGGAAACCCUCAAGGAAGAGCCAGCACCUGCGACGAGCGCUCCCAAGGGAAUUCCGACCAGCGGGCUGGGGAAAUUCGAAGAGUCCGAAGCCACUCGGUUCCACGAGUUCGCCAGCUCGAUCGAAGAGGACGACGAGUGGGUGACCAAGACGGCAGAGUACUCGGAGAAAAUCACCCUGAACGACUGUAUGAAGAAAGAAAACGCGAUCCGACGCCUUGGCGAAGAAGCCGAGGAGGAGGCCCAGGACGAGGAGGACGACGACGCGGAUGUGGCUGACGAUGACUCAACUGUCCACGAUUUCUCAUCGGACGAUGGAAACGAGUCUGACAACGAAGCCGGCUUCGCGGACUCGGAUGAAAGUGACGACGAUGGUUCCGAUUAUGAAUUCUGGUCCCCGUCCCCGGCCAUCCCCGAACCCACCCCCAGACCGUCGACGUAG